CACUAGUCUGUCUUUUUCAUUAUUUUCGUGUCAGCAAUUGGUGGGGACACAUGUGCUACCUGCUAGUAGUGCGUGAGCUUUAUCUGCAGGUUUCCAGCUUCCCUGCUCCCAGUCUCGAGCACAGGCACAAAUGGAACUCGUUUGGCUGAGGCUGCUACUUCCGGUCUUGCUCUGUGUCUCCCUCGUCGCCUACCUUUACAGCAUCCUAUGGCUGAGACCAGAGAGGCUCAGGCAGAAACUGAGGAGCCAGGGAGUGAAGGGCCCCAAGCCGUCUUUCCUCUUCGGGAACAUACAGGAGAUGAGGAGAAUUCGGCAGCAGCUGACCGAGUCUCAUCAAGAACAAGAAGCAGGGAUUACUGAUCGCUUCUCCUCAAAUUAUGUGGCCACUCUGUUCCCUUACUUCCUCCACUGGAGCAGGGUCUACGGCUCCAUCUACCUGUAUUCUACUGGAAGCAUACAUGCUUUAUUUGUGACAGACCCAGACAUGGUAAAGGAGCUGGCAAACUGCAAGUCUUUGGAACUUGGAAAACCUAUCUACCUGCAAAAAGAGCUUGGAGCUCUUCUUGGUAUGGGAAUUUUGACAUCAAACGGUGACCUAUGGGCACAUCAACGAAAGGUGAUUGCACCAGAAUUCUUCAUGGACAAGGUUAAGGGAAUGGUGAAUUUGAUGAUGGAGGCAGCAAAUGCAAUGUUGAGUUCAUGGGAAAAUAAAGUUGACAGUGAAGGAGGUAGUGCAGUGAUGAUGGUUGAUGAGUUCCUGAGAAACUUUUCAGCUGACGUCAUCUCAAGAGCUUCCUUUGGAAGCAGUUUUUCUGAAGGGAAGGAGAUAUUCAACAAGAUUAGGCAACUUCAGAUGGCAAUGGCAAAGCAAAAAAUGCUUAUUGGUGUUCCUGGAAGUAGAUAUUUACCAACAAAGGGAAAUAGAGAGACUUGGCGUCUAGGCACAAGCAUCUGCAACCUCAUUUUAGAAAUAGCGAAGAGACAUGAACAUGAUUCAGUGACAUCUGUGAAUAAGGGGCUGCUGCACUCGAUCAUUGAAGGCGCUAAAACUGCCCCUUCCAGUUCAUGCACCCCUGCGGAUUUCAUUGUCGACAAUUGCAAGAAUAUCUACUUCGCAGGGCAUGAGACAACCUCGACCACCGCUGCCUGGUGCUUGAUGCUUCUCGCUUCAUACCCUAAAUGGCAAUCCAGUGCUCGUGCUGAACUUCUGGAUGUUUGUCAGGGAAACCCACUGCAUGCCGAUAUGCUCCAGAAAAUGAAAACGCUAACGAUGGUGAUCCAGGAGACGCUCCGCCUGUACCCGCCAGCGGCUUUUGUCACACGAGAAGCUCUGAACGACAUAAAGCUUGGCAACCUCAACAUCCCAAAAGGAACCAACAUCAGGAUCCCAGUAGCACUGGUUCACCGGGAUCCUGCCGUAUGGGGUCCUAACGCUGACAAAUUUGAUCCGGGAAGGUUUGGCAACGGCAUCACAGGCGCCUGUAAGCCCUCUCACAUGUACAUGCCCUUUGGGGUGGGUGCCCGGACCUGCGCAGGCCAGAACCUGGCCAUGGUUGAGCUCAAGGUUGUGCUGUCACUCCUGCUGUCAAGGUUUGAGUUUUCGCUUUCGCCGGAGUACGUGCAUUGCCCUGCAUUCAGGUUGACCAUUGAACCCGGGAAAGGUGUGCCUCUGAUUCUUAAGAAGCUGUGAAUCAUGAUCCAUGUGAUCAAGUUGCAAAGUUUCUCCUCUCUUUUCAAUUUCUCUACGAAGUAGACUGAAUUGCAGGACCUUUUGGGGCCCUUGAAUCAGUUAGGCUGGGCUGUGUAUCAUAAGGAUGGUCAAGACUCAAGAGGUGAUUGUAGUUACUUGUUGGGGUCUUGCAAUGUCAGGCAUCCAAAUCGUGAAUGCGUCCCCUGACACACGUGCUAAGUCAGCAUCAGUGGGCAAUUUUUGUUUUGAGUUGAUAACAUUUUUGUACCCGAAUAAUAACUUGUACAAGGUCAGGAUGGCCGAGUGGUCUAAGGCGCCAGACUCAAGUUCUGGUCCUCGGUUGAGGGCGUGGGUUCAAAUCCCACUUUCUGACACAGCAGUUUUA